UACACCAAUUAUUUUUCCUCGUGGCGGAACUAUAGAUGUCAGGCUCGGGGAAAUGCAGCUUUUGGUUUGUCAAAACAGGUCCAGAUGGAGUCCAGGUUUGACAAGCAGUUACUGAGGAUGGGUCCAUUUAUCCCGUUACCAGUGACUCGGACAUCUGGACUCUUGCAGAGCGCCACAUACAGAUGCGGGUGGUCUUUAAGAAUGCUGAGCAUCCUCCACAGGGGGGGUCUUUUCCAGACAAGCAGGGCGGAGUAGAGAUUCCAUGGGGCCAAGUACACCCUCUUUUGUUGCAGGGUGAAGAGAACCUAGCUACGGGAGUGCCUUCCAGAGAGGAUCGCAAGGAUGCUGAAGAAAGGGUGAAUGAGGCCUGCAUUGCUGUGAAUGCGGUUGCAAAUGGCAGCGAAAUGGCUCUUGUGAUUGCGGCUGAAAAUGGCGAAAUGGCUCCUGUGGAUGCAGCAGCUGCUAAUGAGGGGCCUGCUGAGCACAGAAUGGGGAAGCUGGCGGGAACGGAUGCAGAUGGGACCAAUGGUGAUAGCAAGGGUAUGCGGAACAGUCCUUGCAAUGGUGCACCGAAGCCUACAGCCAAGAAGGCGCAAGGGAAGCAGGCAAUGGUAAAGAAAGCUGCUGAGAGCAAGCCAUCGGAGGACAAUGCAAUGUCUGCACCAGCUGGAAGAAAGACAGGAACAAAGAGGGCGGCUGAGGAGAAGCCUUCAGGCGAUAAGCUGGCAAAGAAGCAGAAAAGGAAGAAGUCGCCUCCGAUAGAGAAAGCAGCAAAAGAGGACAAGCCUUUGGAUGGUAAGCCAGUAAAAAGGCAGCGAAAGGGAAAGAAGCCUCCAGACGAGGAAGUGGCGAAAGAGGAGAAGCCGUCUGAUAUAAAGUCAGGAAAGAAGCAGCAAAAGGGGGAGAGGCCUCUGGAAGAGGAGGCGAAACAGAAUGCUGUGGAAACUGUCCUGGCACCAGGGAUGGUGACGAUUAUGCCGCUGCCUACACCACCAGCAGCAGAGGAUAAAGUGGGAAAACAGGAGUUGGUGGAUACGAGUGCUGCUGUUGUGAAUUUGUGCUCCGGGAAAGCUUCAGAACUUGAGACGAUAGUGACAGCAAUCCCGUCCGCAGUUGAACAAACACAGGCAAAGCUGUCGGCAAGUGUGGGCAUGAGACGCAUGACAAAGAGCCCUUCACCACAUGAGGCCGCCGACGCAGCCACUCAGGAAAGAGCUUCCGGUGAAGCGGAAGAGGCGCAGAAUCACGGUGAAGAGGAGAAAGCAGCAUCUGUACCAACUGGGAGAAAGAGGGGAGCGAAGAGGGUGGCUGAGGAGAGGCCUUCAACCGAUAAGCCAAGGAAGAAGCAGAACAAGGAGAAGAGGCCUCUGGAAGAGGAAGCAGCAAAAGAGGAGAAGGCUUCGGAUGAUAAGAAGCCAGUAAAGAAGCAGCAAAAGGGAAAGAAACCUCUGGAAGAGGAAGCGGCAAAAGAGAAUGCUGCAGAAGCUGUCCCGGCGCCAGGCAUGGUGGUGACUGUGCCGCUGCCUACACCCCGAGCUGCUGAGAUGAUACCGGCGGCAACCCCAUCCACAUUUGAGCCAACACAGGCAAAGGUAUCGGCAAGUGUUGAGCCGACAAAGAGCACUGCGCCGCUGGAGGCUGCCGAUGCAGCCACUCAGGAAAGAACUUCCAGUGAAGCGGAAGAUGUGCAGAAUUGCGGAGUGAAGAAUGGAAACAGCGAGGAAGAAUUUGCAGGCAGCCAAGAACAGGCAAUCAAGGCAAAGGAUAAUUCCACGACGCGCAAGACUCGCCCCCCUCCGUCGGACGAGUGGGCGUGCAUUCAUGGGUAUCCGGAACUUCUCGCUGUCGCAUAUCCAGAACCAGUUCUGGAAGUGGUUCCUAUUCCAGAUCUGGUUCUGUUUCCAGUUACAGAUCCGGAGCGAGCUCUGGAACUUCCUGUCCCAGAUCUGGAGCAGCUGCAGAUCCAGAAAUGGUUCUGGAACUGGUUGCUGUUCCAGAUCUGCAGCGAGUUCUGGAACUUCCUAUUCCAGAUAUGGAGCAGUUGCAGAUCCAGAAACGCUCCAGUUCCCGUUGCUGCUCUGCUUCUUCUUCUUCCCUGCAUCAUGGCGUCGUCUAGUUAUGCAAAUGGCGGGGCUGAGAAGGAAAAGGGGGCUGAGAAGGCUAAGGCCAACAGUAGUGCACCGCCCAUGCAGCCCCCUUUUGAACCACAACCGGAGGAGAAGCAAAGGGAACUGCAGAAUGAAUCCGUCGUUUACCGAUGGGUAGAGAGGGGGAAGCCGGCUGAGCUGAAUGGCUACGGCCAGUACUGGGUUCGAUGCAGACUGUGCAACAAGCAGUUUACUGCAUUGAAGACUCGGGCGAUGGAUCACUUCUUGAAGAAGGGGAAGCCAUGCCUGUACCGCACUGGCGAGAUAUUGCACGAGCUCACUUUGCAAGGGGCGAAUAUAGUUGGGGAGGCCUCCACAAACAUGUUGUUUCAGUACAGAACACUGAAAGGAAUCGUGGAGGACACUGGAUUGGAGCCCGCUGGAGGAGACAAAGAUGACAUUGCUGAGUUGGAGGAGCAUCUUCACCUGCUUCUGCCAUCCCAGCGUCAGUCCGAGAAGGAGAGAGACCGCGUUGAUGAGGAGGACAGGUCAGCAGCAAGGGCCCUAGCAGACAAGGAUCGGGUGAGGGUGCAGCAACGCAUAGAAGAUGACGCCACACGGCGCAUGGCUGUGCGACCUCCCACAAGGGUGAACAUGCAUGGAGCGGCAUCUGCACCUCCCUCCGCAUGCACAACAGGGGCAUCUGCACCUCCCUCUGCGUGCACAACAGGUGGACUCCACACAAAUGAGGUGCAACAGCACCACCAGCUGCAACAUGUACAGGUACUGCUGCAGCAAUCAGAGAAGCAACAGAAAGAGGACCCGCCUCAGCUGCAGGACGUUCAAAAACAGUUGCAUCAGCAUCUGGAUGAGAAGGGCCACAAUCAGUGCAACGUGCGACUGGAAUAGUGACAGCGAAAGGAAAAGCAUGCCGUGCAGCCGGGGUAGUAGCCUGCCCAGUGUAUCGUGCAACAAGAGCAGCAACAAGGGCAACAACAUGACCAACUGAAGGGCCAGCAGUAACAAGAGGACGAGGAACAGCUACCAUAUGUAGAUUGCCCUCCUCCCUUUCCAUAGAUGGACGAGUCUCUCGUCCAUGACAACUUGGAAAUCAGCAGGGCGGGGAGGGAAAAGAAAAAUGGACUCGAGUCUCCAGUCGCCCCAGUUGUGAAGCGUGGGCGGGGCAGACCGAGAAAGGUACAAGGAAGACCUGACCCGCCACCACCACCAGCAACAUGCCGCCCUUCCACACGCAGUGGGGGCAGGAGCCAUCCACAAAACAAGGGAAACCCGGGCACGAGUGGAAAGCGCAUGCAAGUCAUUGAGGAUGGUCCGACGGCAGGGGAGCAGAGUAGCAUAGAUGAGGAAAGCAGGGACGAGGACAGCGGUGAGGGCAAUGACUCCGAUCCUGAAUGGCAGUAGAUUAGGUGAUAGUCUUAGGGUGGUGAUUGGGCAUCAUGAUACUGCCAUUCAGGGUUGCAAUGUAGCUACUGCCACCCUGCAGCGCUGCACUGCCCGUGUUAGGCGGAUGCAACAAACAUUGUUCAACAGACAUACUUCUCCUUUCUCGUCUUCUUCUUCCUCCUCCUCCUCCUCCUCCUCCUCCUCCUCCUCCUCCUCCUUUUUCUCUUCUUGUUUGUUCUUUCAACUUCUUUUCCUUUCAGGAAUCUCAAAGCACUUGCAGUUAGGUAGUCUGUCAAUCUUUCAGACUUUCAGUACUUCCAGGUUUCUCCGUCUGUUUAAGUUUUUUUUUUGUUGUUGCUGCUCAGGCGUGCUUUGCUAUUAGUUUGUCCAACUUAUCAUAUCAGAUGCUGAUCGUCUUGGGAUGGUGCUUGCACUGAUUGGGCAUCACGUAGUAUGCACUCUGCCUGUAGGCACUGACAGCCUGUAGCACCGUGCUACUAUGCAGGGCAGAUGCAACAAUCAGGCAUAUACUCUCUUCUUCCUCUUCUUCUUCUUGAACUUUCUCUUCUUCAGAAGUUCAGAUUCCCUGAGGUACACUUCGGGCUCACCACCUGAGAUAGUCCGUUCGCCCCCCCGAGUGGAUCGAACAAACCAAGCCAGGGUUU